AUGCAAAAAGUGCAUACUAUCAAAAAGAUUUAAAUUGCACAGUUCAAUACUAUAAUUAAUAUUUAAGAAAGUUGUCGCAAUGUCUUUGGAGCAAGACGAAGAGAAGAUACUGAAGGAUGUCACCAUUGUGGUGCGCUCGUUAAUAACUUCACUCAAGCCGCCGGUCAGCUUGCGUACCAUUGAGCGCGACUACAUGAAAGAAGAACAUGCGCCUAUACCUUUUCGCAGCCUAGGCUAUCGCAGUACCCUGGAAUUAUUGGAGGACACGAAUGCAUUCAGUUUUCAGAAAAUCGGAGACGAAAUCUUUGUCAGCGCCAAGCCUAACCCCAAGUCAGCGCACAUUGCUUCUAUGGUGCGCUGCCAAAAGUCAAGCAAGACCAAGUCGAAUAACACACGACCGCCAGCAGGAACAUUGCGUGUAACCAUACAAACAGCACCAAAUCACGGCAGAACUGUUGCAAGCAACUGCUACUACAACGCCAAUACCUCGCAGCUGCAACAGAAGCAAAGGUUGCAGCAACUAACUCAACAACAGGCUCAACAGCAAAGGGCUCAGUUUCAGGCCCAGCAACAGGCUCAGCAGCAAAGAGCUCAACAACAGGCUCAACAGCAGGCACAGCAAAGAGCUCAGUUCCAGGCUCAACAACAGGCCCAACAGCAGGCUCAACAGCAGGCUCAUCAGCAGGCUCAUCAGCAGGCUCAGCAGAGGGCCCAGCAACGAGCUCAGCAACAGGCUCAGAAGGCACAGCAACAGACGCAGCAAGAGGAACUGCUGCGCCUUCGCGCGGAGCUUGGGCAGGAGCUAGAACGUUUGCGUCUGCAACAGGACGAGCAGCUAAGCCACGAGCGUGAAAUACAGCGUCGCCAGGCGGAGUUGCGGGAGGAGCAACGGCAGCAGAAAGUGCUGCUACAGGAGCAGCAGGAGAAAAUCGAGAAACAGAUCAAACAGCUGCAGGAGCAGCACGAACGCGGGCUUCAGGCACAGGCGCUUACUAUUGAAAAACUGCAAGAGGAUCGCCUGGAGCUGCAGCGUCAGUUGAAGACGCAGGAGCUACAACAUCGACAGCAGCGCGAACAGGAAGCUGCUGCAGCGUUAGCCAAGCAAGUGCAACAAAAACGCCAACAAGACGAAGCAACAACGAUUGCGCGGGAAAAACUCGCUGAACUGCACAAAGAACAAGAAAAAGAAGAAGCACUCAAGUCAAGUCACAGCUCAACGCCGCCAAGAUCUCCACCGUCAAGCUCUGCAAUCUCGCGAAAGAUUCGCCCGCUUCGUAGCGCCCUGCCAGCACCAAACUCUACUCUGCCAGCUGAUAUGAAUGGUAACGCAACUGGAACUGGUGGCAAUGCCGGGCCAGCCGCCCGCAAGCCGCACUUGCGUCCCAUUUUGGGCAAUAGUGCGUCUCAGCGACCGGCUGCAGUGAGACAACCGGCAGCAGAGACAACGCCAGCUGGCGCUCUAAACAAACGGCCGCCGCUGGCACGCGCACAGUAUCCGGGAUCUCGUUGCACUGGCACCGGACUCUCUGUCAACUAUAGACUGAAACAGCAGCAGACGGCAGCAGCAGCUGCUGCUGCAGCAGGAGCAGCGUCUCCAACCGCCGGACAGCUGAUAACUCCCCCCGACUCGCCAGAGAAUGCAGCCAGCAACAAGACCCCAGCCGCCCCAUCUACAGGUCAUCAUCAGGCGGAUUUCAAUGUGCAGCAGCCUCAGCUGCCGAUUCAGCCCGUGCGCCUGGAUGUAAACUUUAAAUUCGAUCCGGCCUACGAUGCGAUCUCUUCGCUGAAACAAUAUUGUGUCGCACUGGGCUAUGCGCCGCCAGAGUACGAGUUCUAUAAUGCAAACAAGACGAACAGGCUCCACUGCAAGGUGCGCAUUGGCGAGAGCAUCUACACCAGCUACCCUGAGGAGCAUUUCGAUGAGGGGGCGGCCAGGCAGCGCGCCUCUGAGGUAGCCAUUGAACGUCUGCAGGUGCUGGAAUCGCGCAAGCAGUUGUCAAUUCUAAGCGAUAACGAAUUUCUUGAGGGCCUCUACCAGGAGCUGAUCAAGCAUCCGCACGGUAUUGUUAGCCACAAGCUGCCCGAGUGGUACGAGGCGUCGGUGAAGCGGCAGGUGCCCAAUAACUGGUGGACCCUGAUCAACGUUUCGCCCAAAAUGCGCAUCGAGAGCAGCGUCAAUACGCACAUUGUGUUUGCCAACACAGCCGCAGGCAGUCCGAUCCUGCAGCCGAACGUGGGCCCAACAGGGAUGCCGGAGCUGCAGCUGCCCUGGACGGAUGGCCAGCAGGACUGGAGCAUGUACAUCACACACUGCGACAACACCACCCACGUGUGGGCGCGCCUGAUCGAGCAGAGCGCACAGUUCGAGAAGCUCACCGAGCAGCUGAACGCGCACAUGUCCCGCCUGCAGAACCGCCAGCCAGUGCAGCAGCAGCCCUUUGAGCACCAAAUCUAUGCAGUGGAGGUCAGCGAGAAUUGGAAUCGUGUGCGUGUCAUGUCGCUAGAUGCGGAGCAGCGUCAGUGCAGCUGUCAUUUUGUGGACUUUGGCGACGAGGUGGUCUUCAAAUAUGAUGCACUAUACGUGUGUCCCUCACAAUUCCUGACGCUGCCCGCUCAAGCCGUGUGCCUCAGCAUGUAUGCACUCGACAAGUUCGAGGAGCAUCCGCAUGCGUUGCCUGUGCUGGCCAAGGAGCUGGCCGGGCACAGCGUUGUGACCCGCAUCAUCACCAGCGAGGCGCAGUUUCAUCAAUCGGGUGGACUUGCUCAGGGCGUGCUCGUGCCGCAGGAAGUGUCGACUGAGGAGAAUGGCUAUGCCCAAGCGGGCACGCGACGCGCGUGCAUCGUUGGCACCUUCUAUGACACCUCCACGGCCGAGGAUAUACACCUCAACGAUUUGGUGGCCAAUCAGAUAAUACGCAACACGCCCGCACCGAUGCUGAAGCUUGACCAGAAACCCAACCAAGUGCUCGUCUCGCACGUGAACGAUGUGGGCGAUCUGAUGGUGCAGCUGCCCAACGAAGAUCUCAAAUUUGUACAGCGCAGCAUUGCCAAGAUUAUGAGCGACAGCAGCGAACAGCAUCGCGUACGCUUUUCGGAUCUGCUGCACGACCAGCUCGUCUGCGUAUGCGACGAGCCCACAGACGGGGCCAAGCAAUGGUAUCGUGGCAUGCUCACUGCCAAGCCCAAGAGUCCCGAGGAGGAGGUCUUCGAUGUGUAUUACGUGGACGACGGCAGAUUGCGCAAGACGCACAUCUCAAAUAUCUAUCGUCUCGAGGCAAACAAUCUGGCGCUGGCCUCCUAUCCGGCUCAAGCGCUGCGGGUGCGCCUGCACGAUGUGCCGCCCAUUGAUAACCAGAUGGUGGGACUGCUCCGCAGACUGCUGUCGCCCCAAACGCCAGUUUUGCUGAAGGUAAUGGAGGGCGCCAAUGAUAAGCUGCCCAUGGUCACCAUUCACGCGCGCGGCACGGACAGCUUGUAUGUGUGCUUGAACAGUGCGAUUCGCGUCGAGCAUGAGGUGCAGAGCACGACGCGGCCGGAACCGUUCGAUGACGGCGGCUUGCACUUUAGUCCAAGCGGUCAGCUGAUUCGCCGCAGCAGCUUCAGCUCCACGGUGUCCAGCCAGAGCAGCUGCAGCGAUCAGCCGACAGCAGUUGGCAUCACCUCGCCUCCAAGCACGCCCGUCAAGGCGAAGGUCGCUCUUCUGCCCAUGCUCAAGGAAUACGAGGCCAUACCAGCUCUAGGCGCCUAUUUUGAGGUGCGUGUAGCGCUCUCUGUGAAUCCUGGUCGUUUUGCGGUGCAACCGUACAAGUGCUACAAUCAGCUGCAGCGUAUGAUGAAGGAGCUGCAGACCCAUUGCAAAAGCCCCUCAGCUCAGAGUGUGGAACUGGCGCAGCUGACCAUUGGUCAGGCCUAUGCCGCGGCAGACGGCGAUGGCGUCUAUCAUCGCGUAAAUAUUCGCAAUAUUUUCGAUGAAAUGAUACACGUGCGCUAUGUGGACGCAGGCGACGAUGGCGUUGUGCGCUGCAAUCAACUGUUGCAGCUAACGCCCGAGUUCCGCGAGCUGCCCAUGAUGGCUCUGCCGGCACAGCUUCAUGGUAUUCAAUUGGAGGGCAUCGACUGGACACAGGAGAAUUGUGUGCGGUUCCGAAAGCUGACGUUGGGCCAGAAAUUCAUUGGGAUUGUGAGGCGCGUUGACAAGCUAAAAGAUAAUCGACGCGCGCUCAGCCUAGAGCUGAUUGAUACCUCAACACCGCAGGAUAUUAAAGUGCACGAGACUCUAAUAAGCGAGAAACAUGCGCUAGCUGCUCCAUAACCCCAUAACCUAAACGAUCUUCCUUGAUGGAAGUAGUGAAUUUACGACUCAUUUGUUUUGUUUACGUUUAUUUGUUUAAAUUAUGUGGCCGACAGUUAUUACAAACAUAUACACAUAUUUAUGAGCCGACAUUCCGCGUCUAACCUAAGAUAUACAUCUAUAUAUAUUACCAUGUUUUACUCUGUUGUAUUCAAGCAAAGCGCAACAAUAAAUUAUGAUUUUUGCUACCGA